ACAGAGUUUGCAUCCAGUUUGAGCGUGAAGGUUGUAGAUUUCGAGGAGUCCUAGUCCCUCGCCACGCUAAGUGGGUCAGAAGAAGCAUUCGGAAAACUAAACAAAACCACGCGCAGCGAGCGGUUAAAACUUCAAGUGAAAAGCACGCACGCCAAAUCGAAUGUAUCUUUUAGUCGGAAAAAGGAAUACACGAAUGUCGGAGCGAAUGAAUGUGCACGGGCAAGCGAAUUACGCAUAAGAUCUCUGGGUGACUCGCUCGAAAAGCGACAGAAUCUCGCACAACAUAAAAUCGCAAAGAAUACCACGGAAAAAUCGCGAAUAAGAAUCAAUAUUCUUCCCCGAAUCGAAUCAAAACUAAUUUAAAAAGAAUCUGGGAAUCAGCGACGAGUCAGAUUCGGUCUUGUCGGUUGUGUCGGGCCGGAGACGGAGACCCCAUUGAAGGUGUGCAGUUCCGUUCCGUUCCACAGCGGCUUGCAGGCGGCUGCUGAAAAAGCGUCAAAGUGUCACUCAUCUGCUGCUAAGGGCCACGCCUGAAACUACGACUGCGACCACGACUACGACUACGCUUGUGCUAGAAAAGUGAUCUCAAAACCAAUCUUAUGAUGGAACUCUUGUCAAACAAUUCGGUUCCGCAACAAAUGGCCAGCAGCAAUACGGCCAGCGCCAACGGUGUUGCCUCCUCGAAUGCCAUCGGCAGCGGGGGCAGUGUCAGCAGCAAUGCCAGCAACUCAUCAGAGCGCCUCCUGGCAGGCAUACUGGAGUCGUUCCCCGCCUGGGACCUCAACGUGGGACUACUGCCCAAUGUGGGCCAGAGCUCGCCACCUCGCACGGACUUCUUUAUCAACAACUUUCUUGGCGGACUGGACACACAUGGCGACUUCAGCAUCGGACCCAUUGGAAGUGGGCCGCGCAGCAACCCGAAGAUGUCGCCAGAGUCUUCCAACAACUCGAGCAUCAGCUGCGGCUGGUGCGAGGUGAGCGCCUCCAUACGCUGCCUCGAGUGCAACGAGUUCAUGUGCAACGACUGCCUGAGGGAGCAUCGCAACAGUCCGCUCUCCUCGAACCACUCGAUCGUGUCGCUGCCGACGCCCAUCGGUGCCUCGCCCACAGGCGGCAGCUCGACCAACGCCCACACGCCGCCCAGCUCCAACUUCAUCUGCGACAUUCACAACGAGAUGCUGCGGUACGUGUGCGAUUACUGCCGUAAGCUGGUGUGCCAGUGCUGCACCCUGCACGAGCACAAGGAGCACAGCUACGCAUCCAUACAGAGUUUCAUGGUCGGCUCCAAGGAGAAGCUGGACGGGGCCAUCGAGAGCAGCCAGGUGGGGACACGCUGCAUCAAAAGCAGCAUUGACAAGGCCCUCGCCUUCAUCCGGCUCAUUGAGCGCAACUGCAGCGAGCUGAGCGACAACAUACGGAAGGCCUUCCGUCAGUUCAUCAUUGCCAUCGAGGACCGAGAGCGCUUCCUGCUCGACUUUGUGGAGAAGCUGCGCCUGCGCCGCCUGGCCAUCCUCCACGACCAGAUGGCGGGCCUGAAGUCCGCCCUGGCCGGCCUAUCCGAGACCUCCGAUAUGCUCAGCAAAGUGGCGGACAACGCACUGAGCAUGGACCAGAUCGAGAUCGCCAUGAAGCUCACCAACGGACAGCGCCAGAUGGAGCAGUUCGCCGGCAUCUACAAGGACCUGCAGCCCAAGCAGGAGGUCUUCGCUUUUGCCCCACCCGACUACAGUCUGCUGCAGGAUAUCCGAAACCAGGGCGGCGUCAUACUGGUCGACGACAAGAACCUGCCCAUCGUCACCAGCACCAGCGGCAUCGUGCCCAGCGUCUCCAAUGUUAACGCCGUCACCGCCGCAUCCGUGGGCAUCGGAGGAGUCGGAGCUGGAGUUGGUGUUGGCGUCAAUGUCGGUGUCGGUGUCAAUGUCGGCGUCGGUGUCGGUGUCGGUGGCAGUGUUGGUGUCGGUGUCGGUGUGGGUCCUGGCAGUGGAAUGGACUUGGCCUUUGGCAUCGGCAGCAUUGCCAACAAUCCGCUGAGCGUGGCCUCCUCGAGUGUGCGUCGUCCCUUGCUGCGGGACAAUAGCUUCCGCAUACCGUCGCCCAUAAUGCAGCCGCGUGGCGGCAGUGCCUGUGGCAUGUCCAGCGCAGCCCUGGACUGGGAGCUGAACGGACUGCGAAGCUCGCCAGGCCUUCACUUCAGCGCUCCUCGGACGACGCAGGCCAUUCCCGGCUGUAUGGAUCUGGUAAAGGUGCGCAACUCCAACUCGCUGUCGCUGUCAUUUGCCACCGAAGGCCACGAGGAUGGGCAGGUGAGCCGGCCGUGGGGCCUAUGCGUGGACAAGAUGGGCCAUGUUCUGGUGUCGGAUCGCCGCAACAACCGUGUGCAGGUCUUCAAUCCCGACGGCUCGCUCAAGUUCAAGUUCGGACGCAAGGGCGUGGGCAACGGCGAGUUCGAUCUGCCGGCCGGCAUCUGUGUGGACGUGGACAAUCGCAUCAUUGUGGUGGACAAGGACAACCAUCGCGUGCAGAUUUUCACGGCCAGCGGCGUCUUCCUGCUCAAGUUCGGCAGCUAUGGCAAGGAGUACGGCCAGUUCCAGUAUCCGUGGGAUGUGGCAGUAAACUCGCGUCGCCAGAUCGUUGUCACCGACUCGCGCAACCAUCGCAUCCAGCAGUUCGACUCCGAGGGACGCUUCAUACGCCAGAUUGUGUUCGACAACCAUGGCCAGACGAAGGGCAUCGCCUCGCCCCGCGGUGUCUGCUAUACGCCCACGGGGAACAUCAUUGUCUCCGACUUUGACAACCAUUGCCUCUAUCUAAUCGAUCCCGACAUCAAUGACAUUCUGUCCGUGAAGGGACACGAGGGCUCGGGCUUCCAUGAGUUUAAUAGGCCAUCGGGCCUGUGCUGUGACGACGAGGGCCGCAUUAUAGUGGCCGAUUCCAAGAAUCAACGCAUCCUGGUCUUCAAUCAAAAUCUUGACUUUAUGUGGGAUAUCGAGGUGCGACCCUCAAUCAAUCCGCUAAUGCCACCGACGCUGGACGAGAAGGAUCGAACGUGCGAUGUGGCCAUGAUGCCAGACGGUCGCAUCGUAUUCCUCAUAGAACUGUCGCCAGACUCCAAGGAAGGGUCUAACCCUUACAAGCGGUUUGUGCACGUAUUCUAAAUAAGCUUAUAGCCGUCAACUGGACUGGUAGGGGAACACGAAUACGAAUACCAAUCUUUUUUUUAGACCAUUUACAAGAGCUAAACGUUAGCGUAGUAGAGACAUCCAAUACAACAGAAACAAAAAACAAAACAAAGAACAAAAAAACAAAAACAAAAACUAAAUCUAAAAAAGUAUAAAAGAAAAUCUGAAUUGAGAGAAAGGAAAAAUUAGAAAAAAUUUUUAGCAUAAGUGCUACAACGAUUACCUCGAUAAUGCUUAAGAGUUAUGGUUACGAUUUGGUAAUUUACAAAAUACAAUACGAAUUACACAUAUGUAUACCGAUAUAGAUAUCUGUAUAUCUGUAUGCGUAUAUAUGCGUAUAUGUAUCUAGCGAAUAUACAAAAACCCGACCCAAACCAACCAAAACCAACCCAACCCAACAAACCAAUUAGGUCUAAAGCAAAAACCAACAGCAACAGAAAAUGGGCAGGACAUAGGACAUACAUAGCAGAUAUAUGUAUGUAUAAUUAUUUGGUGAAGGAUCCGUGGCUUUCAGUAAAGUAGACUUUAGAGAACCGAACCUAGUAAAAGAUAAUGAGAGCAGAUGAGAGCAGAGCAGAGCAGUGCAGGAGGACACAACAAUAAGGAUUACUAGAUGCAAAUAUUACUACCUGUUAGUUAGACUGAAAAGCAGUUCUCUAGCUGGUCGAGGGAGGAAUCGAAUCGAAUCGAAUCGGAUCGAAUGGAGAAGGGGAAGUGCGUUUUUAUCGGGGGUUGCUUAGCUGAACUAGAACUAUUAAAUAAGAUUUUUGAUUUCUACAAGAGAGUUACUGCAAAAUAAUUUUCAGACAAAUUGUUUAGUAUGGUAUUAAUGUUUGUAUUAUUAACUUAAUUCGUUUAGUUCCGUUUAGAGCUACAUAUGUAUUUUUUCAUUUAUAGUGCAUACAUGCAUACAUAGGUUUUUUAACAAUUUUUUUUUUGAUUAUUUUACCAAUAAUUUUCUUAUAAUUGAGACUGAGCAAGUGAGUACACGAAACUUUGUUAAACGAAACAAAGUAAAACAAAGCAAAGCAAAACAAAACAAAACAAAUCGAGAAGAAAAGAAAAACAUGAACAAAAACAAAUAUUAAGGAAACCCGCUGACUUUUUGGUUGAACUUUUAACAAAGACUGAUUAACUAAACCGCAAUUUCGGAGCCAACUGAAGAACCAUAUAUGGUGAGGCCAAAAAAAAUGUGAAAUGAAAAUCACAAAAACACACACAGAGACAAAUUGCAAUGACAUUGAUAACGUAAAGUAACUUAACUUAGCAUAACACUUCAUACAUACAUACAUACAUACAUAUAUAUAUAUAUAUAUAUAUAUAUAGUGAGAGAGAUCCACAUCCAGUCACGGUCCAGCAUCAUGAAUCAUUAUAGGCAUAGCUAAACCGAGUUUAACUGACAUUCACCUACAUACACACAUAUGUACAUUACAAACAUUCAUUUCAUCCUACAUUCAUCACAGGGAUUUGGGAUUGUAAUGGAUUGUAAUGAUUCCCCCCACCCCCCACAGGGUACAGUACACACACAGCAGCAGCAAAGCAGGCUGAUAGGAAAGGUGUUAGAGUUAGCUAAAGGAAUGAUGAUAAAACAUGACAAGAGGCGGGAGGGAGGGGUUGCUUGCAGAAGAGAUGGAAACAACAAAAUGAAAAAAAAUUAUCAUAAUUUUUGACUCAAUGUGUUCAUUAGCAUUUAGUAGAUUUAGCAGGCGUGACGUAGGGGCGGCAUACAUAUGUAAAAUCCAGAGCAAUAUAUGGGCGUAUUGAAUACACAUUUAGGUGACAUGUUCCUCGCAGAAAACAAAACAUAACAAGAAAACAAAAUGAAACUCAAUUGAAAGCUUAAGGAAAGGGAAACCCAGAAGAGAAGGUAAAUGCAUGGAUUAGCUGAAUUAUGUGUCGAGAUGAGCAGAGAUUUUAAUAGCAAAUAUAUAGUACACAGAUAGAACCGACUAGAACCGAUCCUAGGUGGGCCUGGAUCUAUACCCGGCACCUGGCAUAAGUUGCAAUGCGUGAUUAGAAAGGCGCUUAAAAUGUAUUAGCCAACUUAGUUACUUAGUUUAUUUUUAUGUUCUCAAUGUUUAAAAACGUUCUAUUCUAUUAUAUUUGUGUUUUAACCCGGAUUCAGAACCUGAUCAAACCAGAGCGAAAGCGAGAGACAGAUAGAGAGAGAGAGAGAGAGAGAGUGAGAGUGAGAGUGAGAGAGUGUGAACGAGAUAGUACCAGAAUGUGUGCAAGGGAGAGAUAUAUAGCUAACACUCCUUCCACGUAUAAAGCAACAUUGCAUAAAAUGCGCAAAACAAACAAACAAGAGAAAACCCUAAAAAAAACCUUUAAAAAAAUCCCUAAAAAAAUACACCUAAAAAUAAAAAUUAAAAAUUAAAAAAAUGAUGGAAAAAUGCCAGAUUUGCUCUACGAGAGGAAAGGCAACAAAAAACAUAUACUUAUACAAUAUUUAUACAUAUACAAUACAUAUAUACACGACAGAACAAAGGGAAACCUAUUAUAUAGAGCUAUAUAGAAUAGAAAUCGUAAUUAUUUUACACCUUAGUUUAGGCAGCCCCCUCGAGAGCCCCACACGAAAUUGCCAUAACAAAACAUAACUGAACAUAACCAUGACACAACCUCACCUCAUUUUAUUCAAUCGUACAUACCUUGACGCGCCGUUCAUUUCUUGUGAUCCAGAUCGAAUCGAAUCAUUCAAACCAAUCACACUCGCCCACACAAAAACCAAAACUCACGCUCACGCCAGACCAUACCAACAACAUACAUACAUAUGUAUGUAUAUACUAUAUACAUACCAUACAUAUAGUAUACCGUACUGUCUAGCGACGUCUAGCGAUGAGAAUGCCAUAUUUUAUACUAUUUGUGUGAGGUUUACUAAAACAAAUACUAAAGAACAAAUACUUAUAUCAUUACAAAUGAGCGCCGUUUUCUAAAAGCCACAGUUUAGAAAUUGUGUAAAAAAUACAAAAAGAAAUUGCACUAAAAAACAAAACGAACCGAAUAAGGAAUCCAAUUAUUGAGAUGUAAGCGAAUGCAGAAUGCCAUAAUUUAAAAUAAAAAGCAUUUAAACAUAUACAUAUAUACUA